CGAGAAACAAGAAAAAAAAAAAGAAAAAAAAAAAGGAAUUCAAAAUUAAUUAAAUUGGCGGGCUUCUCCAUUGGCGCCCUAAGAAGAAACUCAGUCCGUCUCCAUCUGGCGUCUGCUCUAUCUCUAUGCUUCUUCUUUUUCUUCUUCUCUAACUCGCUUUCCCUCCACGGCAAUGGCUUCGCCGUCGGAAGCCUCUAUCAUCUCCAUCCUCGAAACAGCAGAUUCCAAAGGCAUCUUCUCUACUGUUUCCGAUUUCCUCCGACCUUUCUCCGAUAUCAAAAAUCCCAAGAAAUCCAAGAAAUCAGCCAAGCCAAGCGACGAUUCAUCCGCAAUCCGUUCCCUCGCCAAGAAGUUUCUCGUUUUUCUCAAUCGAGCUCUCUCCAUUCUACCCAAGCGCCUCAGCGAGCCUUCCAAGCUGGGCAACGAUCUCGAAUUGGCCCUAGAAUUCUUUGAAAUCUAUAAGCUCUGCUUGGCUUGCUUGGAAUCUUUGACGUCGCAGCUCUCUUGUAAACCCUAUACUGUCGAUGUCCAGAGGGUUCGAAUGGUGCAUUAUAUGGAGGAUUGGGGACUCUUCAAGGACGCUGAGGCUGAGGGCUUUAGGAUUUUGGAGAGGCUGAGGGUUAUUGGCCGUACAUCUGACUGUCGUGUUAUUCGUGAUCGGGACAAAGGUGGUGGUGAUAAGGAUUUUUGUUUGUUAUUCGCGGAGGUUGUCGUAACACUUGUUAAGUGUGCGGCCAGUGGUCGUAGUAAGGAAAGUGGCGCCUAUAGAAGGCUUCUUGGAUUGGUGGAGGAGGUUGGACCAUGGUUCAGGUUACUAGAUGCUAAAGUAUCUGAGAAGACUCAGAGAGCUUUGGCCACAUAUCUAGGUAAAUGUACUAUUUUCUUGGUAGAGGAGCUAGAUUAUUUUGGUGAGAGUCUCAUAAGUCUCUUCUGUCGCAUAACGUUUGCUGAAUAUGCCAAGUCAUCUUUGAGAGAUCAGAUUUACAAGUUAGCCCGCCGGAUAUGUUCCACUCUUUUCUCUCUACAACAGGAACAACAUUCGUCUAUGCUCAUCAUGCACAUAUUAAUAUGUGUCUUGAAGUCUCUUACCCUAGAAUGGAAGGAUGAAACUGAAUGGACAGUUGUUGAGUUUCUUCAACUCAUCUGUUAUUCUGCAAAUAAAUGUCUGAGUGCAAGUCCCGAGUGUUGUUGUGCUUUUGCCAAGCAUCUUGAGGAAAUGGCACGUGAAUUCCACGAGGCAACACCUCCAUUGGGAAUGAAUUUGAGGCUUUAUGCUGCUGGGUUGAAAAUCGUUUCUAAGUUACCCAGAGGUGAAACUUGUGGCUCGGCAUUCAGUACUUUACUUGAUGAUGAAGAUACUAUACAGAGUUUGGUUAACUUAAAUGGUUUCCUGGGGAGUUACUUUUGUAUUGGCUGCAGAGAGGGUAAUGAGUCCUGCAGCAUUGAGCAGAAAGAUUUUGUCGGCCAACCAUGUUUACACCGGAAUCCUAAUCAUGAGAAUGGGGUCCCUUCCCUUCUGAGCUUGAGAGAGGGUUAUCUAUCCUCUUACUUGGAUGCAAUUAAGUUCUUCUGCCAGCCACUUGCUGAAUCAGUUAAUGCUGAGAGAAAAGAAAUCCUUGCUGAAGAUAAAGCUUCUCCUGUUUUGUAUAAUAUUCAAAAUACUUUGCAUCAGUUCUGUGAUGUCUUUCUUUUUUGUCAAAGGCGUGCAUAUGAUGCUAAGAGCGAUGGAUGUGAUGAGAAUGUAAAUAUGCUAUUAAGCAUUGUUGUGGCUGCUUUUACCCUGUCUUUUAGAACAAGGCUGGAAAUGAAGAGGAGCACGGAUUUGAUUAAGGAUGUUAUCGCAAGCAAAUGGGUUCAACCUUUUGCCUUGAAACGUUUAUUUGCUUCUCUUAACAACAUUGGCAUUAUUUUAUUCAGAAAUAAUCAAAUAGGAGAGGCCUCAAAGGCGUUGAAGUUGUGUUGUAGAGCAUCGUGGACCUGCGUCAAACAAUUUUGUGAGAUAUUUGACAACAAGUCCAGGCCAUCAGAUAAUGAAUUUUCUGAAAAUUCCGUUCUAAUUAUGGUUAAUGAAGUGAUUAUGAGAAGUUCUUUCCUUGUUGAUAUUCUCUAUCAACGUGGCAUGUGUAAGGUAGAAAAAGCAAUGACUGAGAUUCUUACGAACUGGUCUGCGGCUACAGAAUUAUUUGAUGAGCUGCCAGUUCCCGUGCAAUUGGUGAAACAGUGGGUUAAGAUGCAAUGCAAGUAUCAUAAGAAUGCAGAUCCCAAAAAAAGCACACCAACCUUGAAUUGUUUAUUGCAAUCUUCUGAGACGGUGUCAAAGGCUAAAAUUGGUGUUCUCUUGGAGCAGGAACUCGUUGAAUAUGAGGAAAUGAGUGGUCUAUAUCCAGAAUUUUGUCAAUCAUUACAAAUGAAGAUCUUGAGUGUCCUUCUAACGGAUACGUAUAUUACACCAGAUCAUAGACUUGAAAAGGCUAGAGUGUUAAUGAAAAAGGCAAGGGUAUUGAGGCUUUGUGAAACUGUAUGUUUAGACGGUUGCAUCCAGUGUUUAUCAGAAGCAAUAUCUACAAUGAAUGAGAUUUCUGGUGGAUGUCGCAGCUUUGGAGUUCUUCAUUCUCAUCAGUUAGCUGUGGCAUAUUGCUUACGUGCAUUCUGUACUCAUGAGACUGUACCAAAUUCAAAGCAAGUUCAGCAAGAUAUUGAUUCUGCAUUGAGCAUAUGGUUGGAAAUCUCAAGUCUGAAUACCUUGCCAGAUGAUCAACGAUUGAUACUAUCUGAGUAUAUGUUGCUGCUAUUAUGUAAUGCUUUUGAUUUGUUAUCAAUCAAGGGUUGCGUGGAUUACUACGAUAACAUAUACAGUCUCAUGAUUAGAUUAUUCAAAUGGAAAAAUGUUCCAUUGGAGAAGCUGAUGGCCACUCUGUGGGAAAGCAGAAGAAUGAGUCACGCAAUGUGCAUUGCACCAACUAACGAGUUAGUUAUAGCACAGCUAUCUGAGCAUCUUGGUGACCUCCCCAAGAGUUAUGAUUUUUGGACAAACUGUCUGAAGACAUUGCCAGGCAUGCUUGUCGGAUUCCAGCAGAAUUUCUCAUUUUUAUGCUCAAAUUAUACCCAGACAUCUUGUGAACAUGAAAAGUCUAGUCGAAUGCAUGUGACGGUUGAUGAGGUUAAAGAAGCUGCGUUGAAACUCAUAUCUCAUAUUCCUGCAUGCAAAAGUUCUAUUUUCUUGGCUGGAUAUCUUUACUAUGAUUUGUGUGAAAGACUUAUUUCAGAAGGUUGUCUUACUGAGGCUCUCUUAUGUGCAAAAGAAGCUCACCGUCUACGCUCUAAACUAUUUCAAGAGAAAUUUACCUACUCUGUUGAGCAGCAUCCUGAAAAAUAUUGUGAAAUUACUCAUGCUAGUCAGAAGCCUCCAUAUGGCAUUAAGAAUCUCCGGAAAAGUGGAUCUGUUUCUCGCAAUAUAUGGUCAUUUGAUAAAAUAUCAUGGGAUGUUGAAGGCUGCUAUCUUAGUCCUUUUAACGCACUUCAGUGUUAUCUUGAAAGCACUCUUCAGGUUGGGCUUGUUCAUGAGAUCAUUGGAAAUGGUUCUGAGGCUGAAACACUUUUACAGUGGGGAAAAAGUAUCUCCUGCUUGCAAAGCUUGCCACUUUUUGAAGUUGCUUUCUCUUCUGCUUUAGGAAAAGUAUACAGAAAGAAACAGUUAUGGAGUUUGGCACAAAAGGAACUUGAAGGAGCCAAACAGAUAUUGACGGAUAACAUUACUUCUUGUUUGAAGUGCAAAUUGGUGCUUGAAGUAAUAGUUGAUCAGUAUCUUGGGGAUUUGUUUCGAAGUAUGUAUGUAAAUGGUAAUGGGAAUACAUCUGAAGAGCUAUUAAUAAAUGCAGAAGAGUUGUAUAAGUUAGCUCUUGAGAAACUGAAUCUUUCUGGAUGGAAAAAUUCCAUUAGUUGUCCAGAUGAAGCAAGUCAUCUUUCAUCUCUGACAAUUCCAGUGGAAAGGGCGAAGGCCAGAAAGGAUGGAAGAAAGAGUAAAAAGACUACAAACACUCCUAGGUCUCUACAAAUGGAUCGGUGUGUAAAUCCCCAAACAAAUGUGAGACUGACUCGCUCUAGAUGUCGGUCGAUUCAGGGGCAAAGCACAAACAUUUCUAAUGAAGUGGAAGUUGACCUUGCUGUGCAUUUGAAAAGCAACGUUCCUGAUCUUUCUGGUGCUUCUGGCCAGAAGCAAAUGCAUUUGCAACUAAAUUGUUGCACACCUACUUUAGGAUGUGGAGCAUCAUGCAAAAAUGGGAAAGUUGGAUGUUGGCAAUGUCUCCAAAUGGAAAUAAUGGAAACAGGACAAAUAAACAAUUUUAUAUAUCUCAAGUGGGAGUUUGUUCGCAGACGGCUUUUGUUGAGGCAACUUUCUGGCUUAGGUAAGUGCUCGGGGAUUCGUAGUCAAAUUCAUCAAACACAUGAAACCAUUUUGAAAUGCAUGUCCAUCUUAGUGAGCCGAAAUCUAUUCUCUCAAGCACAUGGUGUUGUUGAACCCGUGGUUUUGCUUGAUUUAGUUGGGAAGGAAGUCCCUGGAGAUAUGUUUGCAGUUGAGAGGGCAUCAGUUCUCUAUAACAUUUGCUGGUUCGCUUUGAAGAGUUACAAGUAUGAUGAUACCAAGAUUAUUUGCUGCCCAUUGUCUCAGGUUCAGUCUAAAACGUUGGUUUCUUGGCUGAUGGUUGCCCUUGCACUCUGCUGUGAGGUUCCUGUUCUUUUUCAGAAGGUUUCGAAGUUGCUAGCUGUUAUACAUGUGAUUUCUUCAUCAAUUGAGCUAUUAUCUUUGCCAUCUUCCAACAAAAUACUAACAGACAGUCAUUGGGCUUCAUAUUUUCACCAAGCUUCGAUUGGAACUCAUCUUAAUCAUCAGUUCUUCCCAUAUACGACUGGAAGAUCAUGUAUACAGGACCUUAAUUUUGCAAAGGGUUUCGAUACAGGAGAACAAACAGUGAAGUUAUUUAGAAGGGGAUCUUUUUCUAGUCAAGAUCUUGAAGAAUAUGUGAGAAAGUUCUUUGAUGGCCUUCCUUGCGUGGCUAUGGUUUGUAUUAGUUUGAUUGGAGGAGAUCUUGCUUGUUUACUACAACAAAUUCUCCAUUUUCCUUCAUCUGUCCAUGCAUGGAUCCUGGUGUCGCAUUUAAAUUCCAAGCGUCAGCCACUUGUUUUACUACUGCCCGUGGAGACAAUCUUAAAAGAAGAUUCAGAAGAUUAUUCAAAUCCUCAAUCAGAUGAUAUCUGUGAGAGAAAUGAUUCGACUAAACAUUGGCAAUGUCCCUGGGGUUCCUCAGUCAUUGAUGAAAUCGCACCAGCAUUCAGAACUAUAUUAGAGGAGAAUUAUUUAUCAUCUUCAGUCUUUCCUUCAGAGGAUACAAAAACAAAUAGGAUGUUAUGGUGGAAACGGAGAACAAAGCUUGAUGAUUGCCUUGGUAAAUUAUUGGGAACUAUUGAAGAUUCAUGGUUGGGCCCUUGGAAAUAUAUUCUUUUGGGGGACUGGUCAAAUAGAAAGCAUGUUGAUUCUGUACUCAAUACAUUGGUGCUGAAUUUGAAAUCCAAAUGCAAAAUGGACGUCAAUGAGGGUCUUCUGAAAAUUAUUUUAGAAGGUUCAGAGAACGUUCUGGUGGGAUUUGAUUCAAAAUUGUAUUCGAGGAAAGGUUGCUUCGUUGGUAGAGCAAGAUUUCAUGAUAAAGAAAGGUCUAAUCCUUUUCAAAAUGCAUUGAAUGGAGUGGACAAACUUUCCACAUUGGCCUUAAAAUUAAUACAGGAUGCAAAAAAAGAGCUGGAAGGGGAAGACGGUACCAGCAGAGAGCCCAUAAUCCUUGUCUUGGACUAUGAUGUGCAGAUGCUUCCCUGGGAGAAUAUACCUAUACUUAAAAACCAGGAGGUUUAUCGCAUGCCUUCUGUUGGCAGUAUCUGUGUAACACUAGAUGGAAGAUUGCAUCAGCAAGAGCAAGAUAGUGGGAUCAUUGCUACCUUUCCUUCAAUUGAUCCCUUGGAUGCUUUUUAUUUAUUGAACCCUAGUGGUGAUCUCAGCAGCACACAGAUUGAAUUUGAAAAUUGGUUCAAAGAUCAAAAUUUGGAGGGGAAGGCUGGAUAUGCACCCAAAUCUUCAGAGUUGAUUGAGGAACUUAAAAGCCGCGACCUCUUCAUAUACUUCGGUCACGGGAGUGGAGCACAAUAUAUUCCCAGGCAUGAGAUUCAAAAACUGGAUGCCUGUGCUGCAAGUCUUCUAAUGGGAUGCAGCAGUGGUUCCUUGACAUUAAAUGGUUAUUAUGUCCCACAAGGGAUUCCAUUAUCUUAUCUGAAGGCAGGUUCUCCUGUCAUUGUAGCCAACCUAUGGGAAGUGACUGACAAGGACAUUGAUCGUUUCGGGAAGGCAAUCCUUGAAGCUUGGUUGAGAGAAAGGUCGUGUGCUCUUCCUAGUUCUGUUCAGUAUGAUAUCGUUACAAAAGAGUUGGAGGCCAUGAAAAUAAGCUCUAAACGUGCCAAUAAGAAAGUGGCAAGUAAAAGUCUACCUACAACAUGUGAAAGUAAUUCAAGUAGAGACCAUUCUGUUCGUAGUCGAAUGAUUGGUUCAUUCUUGUGUGAGGCUCGGGAAGCUUGCAAUCUACGUUACUUAAUCGGAGCAUCGCCGGUUUGUUACGGUGUUCCGACAAGCAUAAGGAAGAAGAAAGAGCUGACAUAAAUAAAAGGAGUUGACCCAACUUUCAGCAAUAGAACUGAGAUAACCUUCCAUGCAACAGGCUUGUGAAGCUCUGAAUUCCCAGCAGCAGCAGCAGCAGCAGGUAUCAUAAGACAAAAACGUGUAUCCUGUUGAGUGGAUGCAACAUGGCCUUGGAAGCCCCGAGUUCCAUGUCAGAGACAUAAAACUUGCAGAACUGCAUAGCUGCAAUACAAGGAAAGCAUGCGAAGGUAACAAACUGUAGGUUUUAUAGCAGCAGCCAUCUUUCCUGAUUGUUCCGAUAGAUUUCAAUAUCAACAUUUUGUCUUUAAAAGUUAUGUCCACAAUCUUCCUCUAUUAAAGCUGUUUGAUUGUAAAGAACUGAAUAACGUUCAAUUCUGUACUGAUUUGUAAAUGAAAAUAUAAUCUUUUAUACUGAAA